UCCUGGAACGCGUUCCGCCGCCGCCACCGCCGCCGCCGCCGCGUUCAGUUGCCCGUGUGAGCUACCCCACUGCAGCAUUGGAAUAUUGUUUUUUUCGGCAUAACAAUUACCAACGACAGUUUAAAAUAAGGAUAAAACUUUUAUUGUUGACUAUACAUACUUCUAUCUUCUCCCCCAAUCUAAUAUUAAACAUCGAAUUCUGUGGAGAAAACUCAUCAAUUAAUAAACCAACAACUUUUCAAAAGCCAUUUUUAUUAAAAUUUCACCGAAAGUGACUUGAAUCAAAGUUCCACCUAUGCAAUUUUCAAUAAUCAAUCACUACUUUUUAACAAUCAAAAGUCAAAAAAGUGGAAGAAAUCCUCAAAAAAUUGUCAAAACAAGAAAGCAAUUCCGAUCCUCCUAUUCAUUAUAUGAAUAAAAAGAUUAGUACAAGAGGAACAAUAGUGUGGGCAAUUGUAGACGUCAAUUCGAGAUUGUAAUUUGUCGCUAAGAGAGAGAGAGAGAGCGAGAGAAAAAAGGAAAAAAACAAAUUGAAUAAUUGAAGAGUGAUCAUGAAACAAUUUACACUUUACCAUCGGCACCAUUAAAUUUAUUUUUUUAUGCUAAUAUAUCGUAAUCCAACGGAUUUAUUUAAUUUUCCUCAUCUACAGUAUAAUCCGUCACAUUGCCUGACAUUGUCCUUGACAUGAUAUCGUAGUAGACCGUGUCUCGUAUGAGAUAGGGACAUUAAAUCCCGUAAACGUAGGGUUUAAUUCUGCGCGGUAAUUUGGUCCAGAAGGUGCAUUGUCCACCACUGUCCACACGGGGAUAAACGUGUGAGAUGGGUACAUUACAAAUUGUGACACAAUGACGGCUAGAGAGUCGGCGCGUGGGUGGGGUGAUCAUUGAGUAAAAGAAAAAUUGGCUGGACGUUUAUUAAGGAAACUUAUUUGCUGGAGUGACGGCUAGAGAGGGCUGUAAAGUGAUUUUUUUCCAACAAACCAAGGACUAUUAUAUUCAGGACCAUGACUGGGUGGACAAAAGUGCCUCUCAUAAUCAUCUGCAGUGUCUUCUUACUUCUGGUGUCUUGUAUCGAAGAGUCUCAUGGCAUUCUCAGCUGCUACAAAUGCGGACAGUACAAUGAUGGUGUAGGUAGUAUUACCCCCUGCAUCAAUUCGACCGCUCAAAUGCAUCUCCAGGAGUGUCCAACCUCAGCUAAAUGGUGCAUCAAAUACGUGAGCGAGGUAUCAACAGUCCGAGAUUGCGUAAACAGCUGCGUGGAGAAGGAGGUUUGGGGCACGCGCACGUACUGCUGCCAAAACGAUGGAUGCAAUCGCGGUGGCCCCAGCUUAUGCAGUGGCACGGCACUCUGGCUGACAGCAAUUGUCCUGAGCCUUCUCAUUGCUGGUCAACUCCAUGGCUAAUGAAAAUCCCAUUUAAAUAACAUUCCGUCUUUUCGACAUUCACGCAGCCAUAAAAAUCACAAGAAAAUAAUGGAAAUUUUUACUUCUCAAUUGGACAAAUAAUUAACUAAUUUCAUUUUGAUCAACAAUCAUACUAUGCAAAGAUUUCUGUCUCAAUUGCGAGUGAAAAUUUCCUGUCCUUGUAAUUAUAUAAUUUCCAAGAAUUUUUCAGUGCGAUAAUUGGAUUUGCAAUCCUCCCUCUUUUUUCACUUUUCAUUAUUUUUUUUUCUGCUAGUGCAGAGAGACGAUUUAUUUUUCCCCCGGCGUAUAUGAGGUUCGUAUGUAUCCAUUUAUUAUCCUCAUGCCAUUUUUACCGCCAUUCCUCUUCGUUUGCUGCUCGAGUUGAGGGAAAGACGUUUAACGGAAAAAAGAUAGAAAGGAAAAAGAAAUAAUGCAUGAAUACAUAUACACAUUUGACCGAUAUAUUCCAGUUUUACAUGCACAACCACUUCUCCCCCGAUACGACUGCCGGGCGAAUCAGUGCAGUGCGAACCGAGCAAUAAGAGGUAAAGACUUGGUUUGCAGAGAAAAAAAAAUACAUAUAUAUGUAUAUAUUGUUUUUUUUUUCGUCGAUUCCACAAUCAUAUAAACUACCUAUUGAGCUCUCGGUAUUCAUAAAUAUUAUACAAAAAAAAAAAUAUUGUUAUCGUUACGAUUACCAAAUGCUAUUUAAUUAACUAGUCAUUAUACUACCUACAGUAACGGAAGGAAAGACAAUUGUUAUCACAAGUAUCAUUGGGCACACGUAAUCAAAACUCAAACAAAAUUGACUAUAUUAAUUAAUCAUUAUGGGAUAAUCAACUUUUAGUGCAUUCAAAGUGAAUUAAAACUAUGGAGAUUGAAUAAAAUUAAUAUCAUUGAACAUGAAUUAUUAUCAUUAUUAUUAUUGCUUGGAUAGAAAUUACCAAUAUGCUCGAUUUUUAAAAUAAUAAAUUAAUUAAAGAGAGUAAUAAGCCAAUAACACUUAUGCUGUAACAUUAAAAUAUAGUUUCAAGUCGAUUGUCAUGGAUAGUUGGCGUACUGGAAGCUCGCUUGUGAUAGUAUAAACUAUUGUUAAUCAAAUUUUAUUGAAGAAUAUCAAAAGUUAUUAUCGAAUGAGUGAGAUUAAUUUACUUGAGAGCCAGAGCGCGUAUUUUAUAAAUGUAGAAAAAUUUACUCGAGUCUGUGUGGGAGAGGGAAAUCAAUUAAUAUUAUUAUUUAAUGUCGAAUUUUCUCUCGGAAAAAGGAAAAAUUUGGAAAACUGCAAAUGAUCUCCUCUCCACACAAUAAUUCAAAUUCUAUUUGGUAUUUCUUCAUAAUUCUACAUAUUAAAGAGAAAAAAAAAGCGUCAACGGACCGUAGUAGCAUUUUCAUCCAUUUUCUUUUCUCUAUUAUUAUAUCCUCGAAUAAAUACGGUCCGCCAAAUAAUUGCCACACAAAACAAAAUAAAGAAAUGAAAACGGACGUGAUAAUAACGCGAUUCGAAAUAGUACAAAGAUACAAUAAACUAAUAAACAGGAUAGAAAAGAAGAGCAUUGAACAAAGACGAUCAAAGGAAAACGGAAAGUAACGAGUUGAUCACUGAAUUUGUGAAAGAGAGAACAAAAUCAUUGUGAAACAAGAGGAGAAGACUCACUAUUCUCUGCUUGUACUUGCCGGCUGAGUCAGGUAAAUCUCCGGCCUUGAUGGUUAGUAGAAUAUCAGCGACGACGAGAUUUCAAUACAAAAUGUAUCGCAAAAAAUUGUACAUUUAUAAUAGAGAGCCGCAAUAAAAAAAAGAUGGAUCCGUUAAAAUAAUCGAUAAGCAUUUUUAUCUCUCAUCCCUUUUUAUCUAUUUGACUCGAAAAAUCAUGAAUAUUUUACUCUGCGAAAUGAAAAAAACAUUGAAUAUCAUUCAGUAUCAGUGAAGAAGAAACAUAUGCCAAGACACUUGUUU